GCUACUUUUAGUCAAUGGAUUUGGUUUUGGAAAGCUGGUCUUCAAAUAAGAAGAAAGAGACGAUCCGUAAUACUUCAUUUUAUACGUGCAGUUGUUGUUGUAUUUAUGACAAUAGCAGGGAUUUGCAUAGUUGGACUUUCUUUUAUUAACACAAAAGAAAACAAUGCCGAACAUUAUCACUUGACUCUAGUGAAUUUUACUUGUCAUGUUAUUGCAGUUCCUCUUGGUGCAGUUGUGAUUGCUUGUAUUUCAAACAAGUGGAUGUUUUAUUGUUUCGGAAGACUAUUUGUCAUUAUUCAAAUGGUACUGGCAUCUGCUUCAUUUGUGCAUUUCAAUAUGGCUGGACUUAAAGUUUUAAGAGCGAAAGAUUUCUUCUACAUCAAACCUUAUGAACCAGGUUACAUUGAAUUCUUAUGGAGUGCAGUGAGCGAGUGGUGUGUUGUGUUGGGUUGUGCAGAAGUAACAUUUAUCACAGCGUUGGAACUCCGUGAUUUUGAAAAAUCAGUUUCAAUUUAGAAAGAAACGCACAAAUAAAUCCUUGUUGUCCAGAACUUAUUUUGAAACUAGUUUGUGAGACAUGGUAAUGCAACUUCUAACGAGGUUCAGAAGUUUUAAUUGAAAUCAUUGUACAUAACUGAUCAUUCUAAACCUCUUGGUGAAAAUCUGUAAACUUGAUAAGACUUGGAAUCUGUGUUUGGUAACUUAUAUUCAAACGAUUAAUCAGAUUUUUUCUGUACAAAUGUUGUUUCCAUAUUGUAUGUUUUGUAUGAAGUUCUAGUUACCGAAGCAUUUUGAUGUCCAUAACUUGCAUAAUAUUUUUGGCUUAUGCAAAUAUCAGAUUACAGAAAUUUUUCCAAG